AUGUCAGUGGCAGCCAUGCAUUCUGAUCUGCUGCCUCUGAGACUAGACAUCAAACGGAAACUGACUGCUCGGUCUGACCGAGUGAAAAGUGUUGACUUGCAUCCAAGUGAACCAUGGAUGUUGGCCAGUCUUUACAAUGGCAGUGUCUGCGUGUGGAACCACGAAUCCCAAACUCUUGUGAAGACAUUUGAAGUGUGCGACCUGCCUGUCAGGGCAUCCAAGUUUGUGGCACGAAAGAACUGGGUCAUCACAGGAGCAGAUGACAUGCAAAUCAGAGUCUUCAAUUACAACACACUGGAGAGAGUUCACAUGUUUGAAGCUCAUUCAGAUUACAUUCGUUGUAUUGCUGUUCACCCAACUCAACCUUACAUCUUGACCAGCAGUGAUGACAUGCUUAUCAAACUGUGGGAUUGGGAGAAGAAGUGGACCUGCACCCAGGUUUUUGAAGGGCACACUCAUUAUGUUAUGCAAAUUGUCAUCAACCCGAAAGACAACAACCAAUUUGCAAGUGCAUCCUUAGAUAGGACCAUUAAGGUGUGGCAGCUUGGGUCAUCCUCACCUAAUUUCACCUUGGAGGGCCAUGAAAAAGGAGUGAACUGCAUUGACUACUAUAGUGGUGGUGAUAAGCCCUAUCUGAUUUCUGGAGCUGACGAUCGCCUAGUUAAAAUCUGGGAUUACCAGAAUAAGACUUGUGUUCAGACACUGGAGGGCCAUGCUCAGAAUGUCUCUUGUGUUAGCUUCCAUCCUGAACUUCCAAUUAUCAUCACUGGAUCAGAGGAUGGUACUGUUCGUAUCUGGCAUUCGAGCACUUACCGCCUAGAAAGUACUCUGAAUUAUGGGAUGGAACGAGUCUGGUGUGUGGCAAGUCUGAGAGGCUCCAACAAUGUGGCUCUUGGCUAUGAUGAAGGCAGUAUCAUCAUUAAGCUGGGACGUGAAGAACCUGCAAUGUCUAUGGAUGCUAGUGGUAAAAUUAUUUGGGCCAAGCAUUCUGAAGUCCAGCAGGCUAACCUGAAAGCAAUGGGAGAUACUGAGAUAAAAGAUGGUGAAAGACUGCCUUUGGCUGUGAAGGACAUGGGAAGCUGUGAGAUUUAUCCACAGACAAUUCAACAUAAUCCCAAUGGAAGGUUUGUGGUAGUCUGUGGUGAUGGUGAAUACAUUAUCUACACAGCGAUGGCUUUGAGAAAUAAGAGCUUUGGAUCUGCACAGGAGUUUGUAUGGGCACAUGAUUCUUCUGAAUAUGCAAUCAGGGAAAGCAACAGUGUGGUGAAAAUAUUCAAAAAUUUUAAAGAAAAGAAAUCAUUUAAGCCUGAUUUUGGAGCAGAAGGCAUCUAUGGAGGGUUCCUCCUCGGUGUCCGCUCAAUGAAUGGCUUGGCGUUUUAUGACUGGGACACCACUGAGCUCAUCCGCCGAAUUGAAAUACAGCCCAAACAUAUAUUUUGGUCAGAUUCUGGUGAACUAGUGUGCAUUGCUACAGAGGAUUCCUUCUUUGUUUUGAAAUAUCUUGCUGAGAAAGUGGCUACGGCACAGGAAACACACGAAGGAGUUACAGAAGAUGGCAUUGAAGAUGCCUUUGAGGUUCUUGGUGAAAUUCAAGAAAUUGUUAAGACUGGAUUGUGGGUAGGAGACUGUUUUAUCUACACCAGCUCUGUGAACAGGCUCAAUUACUAUGUUGGUGGAGAGAUUGUCACCAUUGCCCAUCUUGACAGAACAAUGUACCUCCUGGGUUAUAUCCCAAAAGAUAAUCGACUGUAUUUGGGAGAUAAAGAUUUGAACAUCGUCAGCUAUUCUUUGCUUGUCUCUGUGCUCGAAUACCAAACUGCAGUCAUGAGGAGGGACUUUUCCAUGGCUGACAAGGUUCUUCCCACAAUUCCAAAGGAACAGAGGACAAGAGUAGCACACUUCCUUGAGAAACAGGGUUUCAAAUCACAGGCUCUUGCGGUAUCCACUGAUCCAGAGCACCGCUUUGAGCUUGCACUGCAGCUUGGAGAGCUCAAGAUUGCAUAUCAAUUGGCUGUAGAAGCAGAGUCAGAACAGAAGUGGAAGCAGUUGGCAGAGCUGGCGAUCAGUAAGUGCCAGUUUACCCUUGCUCAGGAGUGUUUACACCAUGCACAAGAUUAUGGUGGACUGUUGCUGCUGGCUACUGCCUCAGGCAAUGCUCCAAUGGUUAACAAAUUAGCAGAAGUUGUCGAAAAAGAUGGCAAGAACAAUGUGGCCUUUAUGACUUAUUUCAUGCAAGGAAAGCUUGACAAUUGUUUGGAAUUGCUGAUAAAAACAGGACGUCUCCCAGAAGCUGCCUUUUUUUCCAGAACCUACUUGCCAAGUCAGGUUUCUAGGGUUGUGAAGCUCUGGAGAGAGAAUCUUGCCAAAAUAAACCAAAAAGCUGCAGAAUCUCUUGCUGACCCCACAGAAUAUGAAAACCUAUUCCCAGGCCUAAAAGAAGCUUUUGUAGCUGAGCAAUACCUGAAAGAAACCAGCAAGACUAAAGAGAGACCCGCCAGGGAUUACCCUCUUGUCACUCCAAAUGAAGAAAGGAAUGUUAUUGAAGAGUCAAAAGACUUCACACCAUCUCAUCAUGGAGCAUCAGUUGAGGAUUCUAAAGAUGAACAGGAAACCAUGUCAAGUGUGUCUACACCAGUUGCAUCAAUGAUAGCAGACGCAAAAGCUGUAUUAGAAUCAGACCCUGCUUACGUGGUGACUGCACCUGUCCCACGAGGAAUGGACAUUGAAACUAAAAAGGUAUUUCAAUUUGAGCAAGAUAAGAAAACUCAUUUAAGCAAAUCCAUGUUUGUAAAGAUCAAUAUCGACUCAAGCUGUAAAGAUGAACUCCAUUGACUGGCCACUCCUUACUGAGGUGAAAAUGGAGUAUUGCAUUUAUUGAAAAGGAAACCAUUUAUGUUUUUGAAAUAAAAGAAAAGAACAUUAUAAAAUAAAACCAAAUUGAUAAUGGAUUAAAAACCGAAAGAACUGCGGAUGCUGUAAAUCGGGGACAAAAACAAAGUUGCUGCAAAAGCUCAGCAGGUCUGGCAGCAUCUGUGAAGGAAAAAACAGAGUUAACAUUUCAGGACCGAUGACCCUUCCUCAGAACAUUAAUGGAUUAGGUAGCUUGGGGCCAAGAUUGUGCAUCCUGAAUUUCAGAAAAAAAAGGUAAACAGAAUGGCACACAAUAAACCACUAAAUAAAUUGGUCCUCCAAUAGAUAGGGUGGCAUGUUUUGGGUUGGAUAAUUAAUUGAUUGCAUUCUUGUAGAUACAAAAUAGUUAAUCACAGAGCCCCAGAAAUAGAUGUUUUUCACCAUCAUUAAUAGUGGUGGAUAUAGACUAUUUGGUCUGUCUCUAAGAUUGUUGUUAGUGUACAGAACGUGAUGAGCAAAUUUAUGAAAAUUCCAUUGUAGUAGAUCUAACUUCAAUGAGAAAUUGACAUCCAUCUGGCAAAUGUCACUUGUACAUAAAUAUAACAUAUAGAUGGAUAGACAAGUGCAAUCUUGUCAUAACAUUACAUAAAUAUGAAGGUCUCUUUCCAGUAUCGUGAGACUACUGCCAGGAUGAUUAAAUAUACAGCGUGUUAUUAUAUUGUCUUCAUAGAAGACCUUGUUUAGGCCUUAUCGAGAAUGCAGUGUCAAGCUUUGGUGACUCCAGGUGCUGGGUGAACUAGCAAACCUGGAGAAGUUUCAGAAGUAGACCAUAAAAUUGAGAUCUAGUUUUAAAGGCCUUUAUAAACCGCCAGUGGCUUAAGAGCUAGAGUUUGUUUUACUUUGGAGUAGUGUAACAUUUCAGGAUGUUUAUUUGAAAUAUUUAAACAAUGAAAGCAUUAUGUGGUGUGGCUGGGCCAAAUUUAGUCAGACAGGUAAGGAUCAGGUGACCGUGAAUACAAGUUUCAAGGGCAUAGAAUUACAUUAGAUUUCAGGAGACAUCAUUGAACAAAUGCAAUGUUCCACACAGCAGGAUAAAUGCCUAAAUCUACCUUCCAAUUUUGAUUGCUUGGAACUUAAUUUUCUUCAGGGUAAGGACAGCAAUUUGAGUUAAAUUGGCCUGUUCUUGCUUCUCCCAGAAGACACCGUGGAUACAUUAGUUACCUCUAGUCCUGACUCUUCCUUCAAACUCCUGUUGGACUCUCCCACAUUUUAUCCUCUAUACACUUGAAGUUAAACAAAACUUAUACCAAGUUCUGUCAUCUAUCACCCUUACUUUCAUUGACAUACACAAUCUCCAGUUUAAAAUUAAGAUCUUGUUAAAGUCUCAUCCUCAUUUUCAAAUCCCUCCAUAGCCUUACCUGUUUCUAUCUCUAAAAGUCCCAAUCUAAUUCUGACAUCUUAAGCACCAUUGGGAUCACACAAUCUAGGAGCUAAGUUCUGGAAUUGCCUCCCUCCACUGUCUACUUCACCUUUCUCCUUUAAGACAUGUUUGAAACACUCUUGUCAAAGUGACUUGGUGUCAUUUUUUAUAAUGCUCUUUGGGACAUUUUAUUACAUUAAAGCUGAUAAAAUAUAACUUUCUGUUGAAGAGCACAAUAUGCAGGAGUUAUACCAUGAUAUGAUCCAGGUGUGCUGCUCUUUAUAUUUACA